GUUCCAUCGUAGGAAAACAAUACUUUGUUUUGACAGAUUAAACGCUGCACUUUAAAUGCGUUUACUUCAAUUAACUACAUAUUGUUCUUCCCUGUAUUAACUGUAAGGGCUGGUUUUCCAGUGAUCACAAGUUAUGUUACGUGAACAGCUUUGUUCACAUCAGUGAUAAAUAGCCAUUAGUUUCGACAAAGGCGACGUUUUUAACAUUCGGUGAAGAAGACAAGAAUCUGUAGCCACUGUGUGCAGUUUAACCGCGAUGCUCGGCCAGUCACCUCACCUUAUUGGAGGCAUUUUGUGGAUUCAGAAUCCAAUGAGAGCUGUCCACUGUAAUUUGAGCCAGAAUGGAGUCGACCACCAGAUGAUGUGCCCAGACAACGUGACAUCUCACCUGGAGGAAGAGCCACUAAACCAGGGCACCAUGCUGGACGAUGACAGUCCCACCUUUCAGGAUGUGAGCCCUGGGUACCAGCGCCGCUCGCCACCCCAGCGCUCUGUCUCGGAGUCAGAACUCUCACGGCCGGGGAACGUGAAGCUGUCCAAGCCAGUGGCCCUGUGGACUCAGCAGGAUGUGUGCAAGUGGCUGAAGAAGCACUGUCCCAACCAGCACCAGAUCUACAGUGACUCCUUCAAGCAGCACGACAUCACAGGGCGGGCUCUGAUGAGACUGACAGACAGGAAGCUGGAGCGAAUGGGCAUCAUGCAGGAAUGCCAGCGGCAGUUCAUCCUACAGCAGGUGCUGCAGCUCCGCGUCCGAGAGGAAGUACGCACCCUGCAGCUGCUCACGCAAGCCUCGCUGGAGUGUUCUCCUUAAUAGUUCCAGGACACCAGACAACAACAGGAAGCAGUCUCUCUCCACUCCCAGACCUUCAACAUUUGACCCCUGACCUCCUACCGCCACCAAUCAGGGCCGUCCAGUCCUGACCCGGACCCAACCUCAACCUCAAACCUAAAUCCAAUCUUAAUCCUGAACGAGUCGUAACCCAAUGCAUAGUCCUGAAACCAUAAACUUUGAAACAAGUCGUCCCCCCUCCCCUGCGAAACACAACUGAUCUGGUGUGUGGUGUUCUGCUGACUUCUAACAGUAACACUACUGACAUAUUGGCCACGCCAGCCUUUCUCUGUUAGCCUGCCUCUUCUUCCUCUCUGUCUUUCUUUUUCACGGUCCUCAACGAUUAUAUUGCCUCUGUAGUGAGAGGUUGCCACAUUUGGCAUUCCUGUGCUUUCCCUUUUUGUCUCUCCCGUCCACUCUCUCGUCCUCUCUCUACCUCCUGUUCUGUCUACUUUAAUUCUGUGCACUGUCAGUGUUUGGGCUUCUGUUGUCCUGUCUGUCUGUUCUCUGCUUUGCUCCAGUCUCUCCCUAUUUCGCCUUGUUGUUCUGCAAGCCCGUCCAUUUUGAGAGGAAUAUACAUCCAAGUUUUUUCUGGCAACCCGAAAGAAACUGAAUGUGAUAGUUAAAAGACCUGUGAUAGUGGAAUACCUAGUAACUGGAGAGAGGCUUGAGAGAGAACCUAGCAACCCGAAGGGGCUUCUGAACCAGAGGACGCUGGCAAGUGCUUUUCUACUGAUGAAGAAAAGAUGAGGAAAAAAACAUCACUCUUCUUCUUCACGCUCCUCAUCUCGCUGCUUGAGACUAUUUUUAGAUAUGAGAUGAAAUGAUGACAAAAUCAUGUGGAAAUGGAAAUGUGGCAAGUGCAAAAAAAAACUAAAACGUACAACAAAAAUAUGUCUGCCAAGUCUAUCAGAUAGAGAAAUUAUAUUUAUCUCGCUGUUUUAUGAUAAAUGUAACUCUUUGCAGUAACCGUUAAUGUGAAAUGGCCGUCCACUGUUGAUAUAAAGACAUUUGACCCUACUUUAAAGCACAUGGCCCUGUCAUGCCAACAGUCCUGUCAUUGCUUGGGCCGUGCUCAGUAUACAGUAUACGUGUGUUACUAGUAACCAACUGGAACUAUAGCCAGUGUGCUGGAGUGAUCCCUAUAACUCAUGUAUCACUACUAGUGUAGCAUUGACAUUGUCACCAUCACAACUACUUCUUCCUCCCUGUGAGCUUAAAUGGGGAUGCGCUCGAUAUAUAAAAACAAAAUGGCCGCCAGAAGGGCUGAAUUCCAGCCCUGGAGAGCCAUUGGUUUAGAUGAAUUGAAUUGCAACCUUGGGUCUUGCCCGUUAAGACCGUCCGUCCUUAGGACAGGAGCUUGUUUCAUGCAUUGAAGCGGGUUGUGGCCCAGUAGUAGCAGAUUGAAUAGUAUUGAUUAAACCUUCAGGACUUUGUAGCCUUCCUUUGGAGUAGCCCAUCCCUGACAUUGGAGAGGUAAGAAAUGCUGACACUGAAAGUCACAUGGGAUGAAGUCGUUCAUAGUAAAACACAAGUGGCUAUUUCAUGCCUUGGUGGAGUCCAGCUGUCAAUGUCUCUCUUGGCCAACUGGGGCUGACUGCCUGCCUGCCUGACUGCAUCCUGUUGGGCUGGCUGGUGCUCUUGAUUUUAUAUUAUCUGGAUGUCAAUAGCCUCGCCGAAAAUAACAAUGUACAUUGAUUGACAAUUAAUACAAAUCAGUGUUGUUGAAUCCAGUGUCAUCGAGAGCAGUUUUGAAAAUAUAGAUAUUCUGGAAAUCCUACGAUGAACCUGUGUUACAAAGGUGAGCAAAUUGAGAUUGACUUCUGUGUUUCAGAGAUUAUGGCAACUGUAAUAUGGCAGGAUGGGCCAGCCCCUGUGCAAUAGCUUUUAAGAGCAGAUGAUGAUUAGUUGUUUUACGGGAAGUUUUACGGGAAGAAAGUACAGUCACUUUGGAAAAUGUAGCCCACCAUGUGACGUUCAGGUUAUUUCGAACCGGGGUGAUGGUCAUCAGGCACACCAUAACAAAGUGGUUUGCCACAGAACACUAGCAUCUAUCAUUUGACUGAGUCCCUCCAUGUUUCAGUGGGUUUUCUCCCAUUUGGUGCCGAUGAACACAACCCUGCCAGCUCUUUAAGCCAAGGUGCCUGACGACUUGGCCCAACUGACUCUUUCCGCAGUCUUUGUUUUUGUAGCGUUUCUUAUUAUUUCUAGCCUCUUCACUAGUGCACCGUCACAUUAUACUGAGAUGCACAUUGGAAUUGCCCCAUCCACACGUAUGCAUAUUCUGUAUUACAGACGUACAGUAAAUGAUGCGACUUCACAUUGAGAGAUUACCUCCACAGGGGUUUACUGUAAAUACAUGCAUAUUACAUAUGUAUGCACCUGAAAGCGCGCACACACUUUAAGAUGCUUAUCCUGAUCAAAAUGUUAAUGUAUGAUUUUCUGCCAUUUUGACCGCAUGUUUUUGUUACUUUCUGGUGGGGUUUUUAAUCAGGCAUGUAGAGUCAUCACCUCCCAUAUGUUCCCCUGGUCUACAUAUAGGGUGCCUAAUCAUGAAUA